AUGUAUUUUAAAAAAAUUUUUAAUUUGUUAAAAACAAAUAACUUACCAACAAAAUAUAUUAAUAAUUGUAAACAUACUAAAAAUAAUUUUAUUUACUUUAAACAAGCAUUUAAACGUCCCGAAUCUGCCCCAAUGAGUGAAAAAGAAUUGAACAAAUCCCUCCAAAAAAUCAAGCAAUUACAAGGAGCGAAAAAAAAAGUGAAAUAUAGUCCAAGUACAGUGACUCUACAGGUAUUGGGUAGUGAUGCACGAGGAGCAACGAGGUGUCUGUAUGUUUCAUCAGAUCACUCUAAAUAUAUAUUCAACUGUGGAGAAGGUACUCAACGAUUAGCGCAUGAAAAUCACUUGAGGUUAACAAAAUUGGAUCAUAUUUUUUUUACAACACCAACAUGGCAAAAUAUCGGUGGAUUGCCGGGGUUAUCUCUCACAAUUCAAGAUAGUGGAGUGUCUGAAUUAACUCUCCAUGGACCUAAAGGUAUCUCAGAAAUUUACGACGCUGUAAAAAGAUUUGUUUACCUUACAGAAUUAAAUGUCACCGAAGCUAGUUGUGAAGAAAAAGACGUUUUUCAAGAUUUGUGUAUGAGCGUUCGAUAUGUUCAUUUAAAAAAAUCAACACCCAAUAAUGAUCCCGAGAGUAAUGAUAAAUUAGAUAUUGACUAUAGUACUGAUGACAACGAUGACGUUGAUUAUUAUGCACAUGAACACAACAAAAAUGGUAAACGAAAUUAUAAAAUUCAAAAUGGAAAACAACCAAAUUCCAAAAUUAUAAAACAUGAAAAAAAGAGAGUUACACGAGUGACUGGUUGUGUUGCUUAUAUUUGUAAAUUAACAGAUUUAGUUGGAAGCUUAAAUGUUGAAAAAUGUGUUGAUUUUGGCGUUCCACCUGGCCCUCUUCUAGGUCAAUUAAAAUCUGGUAAAGAUAUAACAUUAGAAAAUGGAAAUAUUGUCAAAAGUUUAGAUGUAGUUGAUCCACCGUCAUCGGGUCCUGUUUUUAUAGUGCUAGAAUGUCCUGAUGAAGAUUAUUUACAAUCACUGGUUAAUAAUGAAGCUUUUAAAAAUUACCAAAAAAAUAAUGAUAUCCAGAAUGAGGAUGAUAAAAAUGAUUUACCUCGGUGUAUUGUGCAUUUUACACCUGAAAAUAUUUUAAGGAAUCCUAAGUACAUUGAUUGGAUGUGUAAAUUUCCAUCAGAAACUGAACAUAUUAUUAUUAAUGACAAUAACCAAUGUUUAAAUUAUAUAGCUCUCCAUCGAAUCCAGCAUAAAUUAAAUUUAUUACAUCCAGAAAUAUUUCCUAUAAUACAAGAUGAAGAGCAGAGAGUAGAUACACCGUACGAAGAAAUUGACGAGAGGCUUAAAGAUUUAAAAAUUCAUCGUGGGAAAACUCUCAAUACUUUUGAAUUGCGGCCAUUGAAGGGUUUCAAAAACUCAGUUAUCCAAAUAAAUAGAGAAGCUGAUAUAAAAGAAGCGAUGGAUGUUGAUGGAUUUCUCGAUGUAUUGGCUGAACUUCAAACAGAAAUAAAUGCACGUAGUAAAUUCAUUGAAAGCAUGGAUAAAUUUCCAAAAAUUGUGAUGCUUGGUACUGGCUCGUGUGUUCCGAAUAAAGUAAGAAAUACCAGUGGAAUUUUAGUGCGGAUCGAUGAGGAAACAAGUAUUUUAUUGGACUGUGGCGAAGGAACUAAAGGCCAGUUGGUGAGAUUUUUUGGAGAUGAGUCGGACAAUAUUAUUAAAAGUAUAAAAGCUAUUUAUAUAUCACAUUUACAUGCGGACCAUCAUCUUGGAUUCCUUGGAGUUCUUCAAGCACGGAAACGUUUAACUGACGAAAAAUUAUUUCUCCUCGCGCCGAAACAAAUUGAAUCGUGGAUACGACUAUAUCACAAGAAAUUUGAACCUUUUGAAGACUAUAUUAAUUUUGUACCUAAUCAAGGUCUUCUAUUGACUUUAGAGUCGCUUCCAACGGACACUAAAGAUGAGUUACUUCAACAACUUAAAUUGAAAAAGAUUAAUACUAUUGGAGUAUUACAUUGUUUGCAUGCUUUUGGAAUUUCUUUGACGCUUAAAAAUGAAAGAAAAAUUGUUUAUAGUGGUGACACUAAACCUUGUCCUGGUUUGGUAACUCUAGGUGAGAAUUGUGAUUUAUUAAUUCAUGAAGCGACAAUGGAAGACGGUUUGGAGCACGAAGCUCGUAAAAAAAUGCAUUCAACAAUAUCACAAGCUAUAAGCAUUGGUGAACAAAUGAAGGCUAAAUUUAUACUUUUAACACAUUUUAGUCAACGGUAUUCUAAAAUGCCACGGAUACCAGAAGAUGAUGAAAAAUUUAAUUCUAACAAUAUUGGAAUUGCUUUUGAUAACAUGCAAUUUAAUCUUGCCGAACUUACAUUAUUACCCUUAUUUUAUCCAGCAUUAAAAUUAAUAUUUAGUGAAUAUUGUUAUCAACUUGAAACUAAAGCACAAAGAAGAUUACUUAAACAACAACAACAAAAUGAAAAGUUGAAUCUUAAUAUUCAGCAUCAAAAAAAUUAA